ACGGUUCUGAACACUGGAACACACCACACAACGCCCGCCGCUCGCCACAGUGUCCCUACGCACCAUACGCAUCACCUCCUCCAGUGCCUAGAGUCACGGACACUUGCAAGCACCGGCUGCUGAUCAGGCUUGUGGCGCUAGUAUAAGACAGAUCAGCGAGGCGUCACAGCAAGCAUGGCCACUGUUAACUACACAACACCCUCCCCUUUCACGGAGAAGCAGAGUGCCCACGUGACGGACUACAGGCAUCAGGGGUACCUCAUCGGCGCGGGUCUUGCCACGGCGAACAAGAAGUACAACAAGCCGGUGCCUGAAGAUCUCAAGGUCGUGAACGUGGCGCUCUUCGCUCUGGGCCGCGCAGGCUCCAUCCACCUCAAGAACAUAAUGAGCAGCCCGCGCAUGUGUCUCAAGUACGUGGUGGAGGUGAGCCGUGCCAAGCUGAAGGCGGUGGCUGAGGAGUGGCGGCUGGCGGAGGAGCAGUUGGUGAACCCCGAAAAUGAUGAAAAAGUCUUUAAAGAUCCCAGUGUGCACGCCCUCAUCAUCGCCACGCCCACCUACCUCCACAAGGACCUAGUGAUGCGCGGCCUGCAGGCGGGGAAGGCGGUGUUUUGCGAGAAGCCCAUCGCUGAGGACAUGGAAGAUACGAGAAUGUGCUACCAGUUGGCGCAAAAGGUGGGGCGGCCGCUGCUCUGUGCCUUCAAUCGGCGGUUCGACCCGAGCUUCAGCCACCUGCAGCAGGAAGUGCACAGCGGGGCGGUGGGCAGAGUGCAGAUCGUGAAGACGGUGGCGCGUGACUCCCCAGUGCCGUCCAUAGAUUAUCUCAAAAUAUCGGGAGGGAUUUUUCACGACUGCGCGGUGCACGACAUUGACCUGACGUGCUGGGUGCUGGGCGAGUACCCGACCCACGUGUUCGCCUCGGCCACCGCCUUCCUGCCCGAGGUGGCGGCCAUCAACGACUAUGACACUGUGGCCUUCACCAUGAAGUUCCCGUCCGGCGCUCUCUCCAUGACAGACCUCAGCCGCAACGCCGUCUAUGGAUACGACCAGCGGCUGGAGGUGUUCGGGCCGAAGGGCAUGGUGGCUGCGGGCAACGAGCGUCCCUUCCCGAUGACCGCCUCCACUGUGAAGGGCGAGACGCAGCCACCCGUGUACCACUCCUUUCCGUCCCGCUACCAGCAGGGCUACAUCAGGGAGCUGGACCACUUCUGUGACGUUAUCCAGGGCCUCGACGACCUCAGUGUGACCGCGGAGGACACGCUCCGGGUGACCACCAUUGCCUCGACAUUGGAGAAGUCUGUCAUCUCGGGCAAGAUGGAGCAAGUGGUGUAUUGAGGUGCGCCAGCAAGUCGGCCUGCUGCCCGAGACGUGGGUUUACUGCUGCUGCUGCUGCUGCUGCUGCUGCUGAUGAUGAUGAUGAUGAUGAUGGUACUACAACAACAACAACAACAACAACAGCAAUAACAACAACAACAACAUCAACUACUACUACUACUACU